GUUUGCCUCAUCAUGAGCAUGAUGCCCGUGCUCGUGCUGGGACCCGCCUUGGUUUAUCUGUGGGAGGAACGAAGCAAGGAGACCAAGGGCGUGAAGAAUCAGGCGAGCGGGCCGUGCAACACGCCUGCCAGUUUUCGUGCUCGGCUCAACAGACACUGCCCCAUGCAUUAAUGAACAAUCUCCGCAAGGUUGUGGUAGUUCGUAAGCAGAUAUCUGGUUGUGCCACUUGUCGCCUGUGUUGCAUAUUUUCCAGCCUGGCGGGUGAUUGUGUUUGGUGUGGUCUUGCUGGUAGUCGUCGGCAAUUAUCGUGUUGUGUUGAAAAUUGGCCCACGUAUGAAGAAAUAGAGUAUCGUGUUACGAACCCCCAUCGCACACCGUGUGACAAGGCUUUCAAAGAGCAAGCGCAGGGAAGACAGCCUCAAUACACCACCAGGAAACAGCCGGAAGGGUACGAGCGAGGGCAUGAGCACGGAGAGCAACCGAUAUCGGCCAGCGAAACGAGAGGAAUACUGCUGUCCCAAGCACAAGAGCUAGGGUUAGAGACAUUUGGGACAC